AAAACCGAAAGUAACGGGAAGGCUGAGGGCGGCGGAGGAUCCCCGGGGCUCUCGGAGGUGCCGGCGUCGCUGCCUGGCGCGGGGAAGACACGCGUGCGGGGCGGGAGGGCGGGCACUGCCCGAGGCGUGGGCGUCCCGCAAGCCCUCGGUCACGGAACGUCCGCGGAGCCGGGCCGGGCGCUCCCGCCGCAGCCGCUGAUGCCCCGGGCAGGGCGGCCGCCCGCGAUGCCGGGCUGCCUGCCCGGCGUGGCUGCCGUCCCCGCUUUGCUCGUCAGCUGGUCCUCGGCCGCCUUCAUCAUCUCCUAUGCGAUCGCCGUGCUGGCGGGGCACGUCGAGCCCCUCGUCCCCUACAUCAGUGACACUGGAACUAAACCUCCAGAGAGUGGUAUCUUUGGUUUUAUGAUUAAUAUUUCAGCACUUUUAGGUGUAAUUACAAUGUAUAUCAGAUAUUUAUUAAUAGAGAAGCAAAAUGAGUCAUCACACUUUGUUAGGUCUUCGUGCAACAUGUUUUCAUUAUGUAUUGGAUUGAUGGGCUGUAUUGGAAUGGGCAUAGUUGCAACUUUUCAGGAGCUGUCUGUUCCCAGUGUCCAUGACAUAGGAGCUCUGGUGGCAUUUGGCUCGGGUGUUGUAUACAUUACACUUCAGUCUAUAAUCUCUUACAAGUCCUGUCCACAAUGGAACACUUACUUUGUGUGUCACAUAAGGAUGGCCAUAUCUGUAAUAUCAUGCAUUGCUUUCAUUCCCAUGAUUGUGUUUGCUUCACAAAUUUCCAUGACAAAAAUCGAUUGGACUCCAGGUGAAAAGGAUUAUACUUAUCAUUUUGUGAGUGCAGUCUGUGAAUGGACGGUGGCCUUUGGUUUUAUCUUCUUCUUUCUAACAUUCAUUAGAGAUUUUCAGAGAUUUUCUUUAAGAAUAUCAACAGAAAUACAUGAAGAAUCCUGAUAGCGGAAAAAAUUAUUUUUUAUAUAUAUGCAUAUUAUAGGUUUCUUUUCACUUAUAUAAAAUGUUUCAGAGGGAUACGGAUUUAUAAAGUAUAAAGAACCGAUGCCACUAACUCCACAACAUCUAUAACAGCAUCCACUCAAACAUUUUAAAAACUCACAGCAAUGUUACUGCUACCUUUUUGCAAUAUUUUGUAAUUUUUGUACUGUUUGAUACAUUAAAAAUACCGUAAUAGAAGCAAUCUGUAGAAGCACUUGAAAGUCAUUCAGAGACUUUUGACUCGGCUCUUCCCUUUUGGACAUACCCAUACUUCUUCAUAUGUUAUAGUCUGAUUAGUAACAUUAGUUUUAAACUUGAAAAAAUACAUUUUGCAAAUAGUUAGGGAAGUCUAAAGACAGUGGAAAACACUAAGGCUGAAUUCCUACUCUGUUAAAUCGCAAGUACUGUGGAGGAGGGUGGGAGCAGAAGGGGACAUCUUUCUUCCAAGACUAGAAAUUUGUAGUUAGUAGAUGGCAACACAAUGCUACACGUUUCUGAUGGUGGACACUGUAUAGAAAUACAAAUCCUAGGAGACGUUGAAACUAUACUGCUUGAAAAAUGUUUUCUAAUCAACACUGCAAUGUAUGUUGUAAAAGCCUACCCCUGUCUCCUGCUGGCCAUAGGAAGCUUAAAACUGAAGCGGGAAAAGACAGUUAAUGUACGUUUCUGCACAAUCUGCUAGAGGGGAAUCUUACUGCAUUUUGGUUAAUACAAAGUAGAAGUUUUUCAGCCUGUGUUUUAACUGACAAUGAUGGAAUGAAGAGGGACUCCAAAAAGUCAUUGAGAGUGAAUGGAAAACAAGAAGAGGCACCAGUAGUUCUCAGGUGCAUAGUUGUAUGUGUAUGAGUAUUAUAUAUAUAUAAAACUGAAGGAAAAAAAAAAAACAAAACCUGGAGAGCUUCUGUAGUGAAGAUAUGGCAUAUUUGCUGCUAUAAACGUACUUCUGUAAUGAAAGACUUGGAAAGGAACUAACUAAGAAGUCAGAUGUUACAAGUAUCUGGAGGCAAAAGGGUCUUUCAUCUUUCAUAGACUGAUUCACUACCUCCAUUCAGUAUACUAACCACUCGGCUAUCAAUCAAGUUCUCUGCAAAUGACAUUUGCCACGGUCUAUCACAGCUCAUGCAGAAAUAUUGAUGAUUUUCAGUUGCUAAUUUUCCAUGAGAUAAAACAAAUGUGUGUUUUGGAGAGUGAUGUCUUAAGACUAGUCAUCUGUUGAUAUUUCCUUUAAUGUGUAUUUUAAACUGUAUUAAAUUCAGCUGUUUCACAAUUUAAAGAGUCCAUGGUUUCUUUAGUUCUUCCAACUAAAAACAGUAAAAAUGUUUUUCACUCGCAGAUUUGCCUUCCACAGUAUUCAGGUUAUCUUGCAGAGUUUUAUAGUUACAAUCAUGUCAAAAUCAAAUCUAGUACUAACUAAGUGCAAGACUUAUGUCUUGCUGAUGAGGUAUGCUGCAGGGGGCAGACAUUCUUUCAAGUGAAGAUCGGAAAUACAAGAAAAUGUAUACCAACCACAAAAAGUGACAUCCUGCUAUUUUGAAGGCUAUGUUAAGAAAAGACCACAUUUCUUAGUGCACUGUGUAUUGUUCUUUUAUUGCUUUUUAUUCCUAGCUUGUUUAAAGAAUAAGGAACUUGAAGUUGUUAUUUCAAAUGAUAUCAGAUUCCAGCUCAUCAAUUUGCUAAAUCCUCUACAUCGCUAAAAGAAACUACAUUAAGUUCAGCCUUAACAAAUAUUAGUGUGUUUUUGCAGUGAAUCAAGUAUACUUAAACAGGAAAACAAUCAUUUUGUGUUGUUCUGAUUUAGACAGGAAAUCAUCACAAUAAAUGUCAGAAGUUUCAAGGCAAGAGAACACUAAGAAAACAUUAAAUCAUCAUCCCAAUACAAAGUACCCGAAACAAAUUCACACUUAUUUAAUAUCUUAGUACUCUGUCCUCGUCAAAAGAAUCAUACACAGCCUGCCAACCUUUACAGUGUUUACAGUGUCCUAAAGAGAAAAAAAAAAAUUUUUUUUUCAAAGUGGCUGAGUCAAAAUAAUCUUGUUUACUGAACUCAAUGUGUUAAUUCAAGUACCAAAGAGCUACUGAAUGCAAUCCUUCCUAUUUUCCUGAGCUUUAUCAUGAUACAUUUUUAUAUGAAUUACAUUCAUGACCAAAAGAGUGCAUCACCAACACUUUGCCUUUGAUUAAAUUUGUUAGACCAGAAACAUCAACAUGCAUCAACAUGCAGAUGGAGACAAUGGACCUUUUCAUUUGCGCAGUGAACAACUAUGGAAAACACUUUGAUUAUUCUCUGGCUCCAGGCAGAUUUCCAUCAAGAUACUAAUUACGUUUUCAGUUGAAAUAUGAGUUGACAAGUUGCAAGCAAUUGGAAAAAAAAAUUCUUUUAGCAAGUUGUACAAUCAUAGCUGUGGAUGAUUAUUAAUAAACAAUGCUAUUUAUUUUUUUAUAAUCAAGUGAUCUCUACAGGUUAGUACAGAUAAUGUCACAGCACGCUUCCGUUGCUUUGCACAGGCUCUUUUUUCUAUAUUUCCACAUAUCUUAGCAACAAGAAAUAGCUAUUUUUUCUUGGGACCUAUGCUAGAAAUAUUUUCACCAUCUACUCUGCUUGCAUGAUGUUUUCUGUUUGUCAGCCCACUGUGAGUGAUUGAGAAACUUCUUUUGCAUAAACUACAGUAAAUCACAUGACAGUUAUUUUUAGUGAUUAUGCUAAAUCAUUUCUCUAACCCUUCCAAAAGUGCAACGUCUCAUUUCUCUAGGUUGAGCAUCUUGAUCUGUUGCUGAAAUACAACCGUGGUGGUCUCUAUCACAGUUCCAAAUCAUGUAAGGAUGAAACUCAAAUUGAUUCAAAAUGCCUAAACCCCACUUUAUCUCAGGACACUGUUACGCUCUCUCUGCUCUUCUCUCUCACAUGUGCUCAGCCAGUGAUCACCAUAUAUUGCACUUUUGUUUUUUCUCAUGAGGUAUUCUACAUUUUUAUUUCUGAUUUGCUCUCUAUGCAUACUGCCUUAUCCGUGACAGCAGUGUAUGUCCGACAGUAGUAAAAUGACCUUGAUGGCAGAGGGUUUAUUAUUUGGCGGCAGUACUGUUUGCAGAAGUUUCAAGCAGACUAGAGAGAUUAUGGUGACAUGCAUCAGUAAGUUUUGGGCACUUCCGUAUGAAGUGUGAAAAGACGUUAGAGUCUCGUAUUUGAAACUGCUCUCUAAACACAGAGACGUAGUCUCGAUACUGACACCACAUUUUCACAAGCCUUCAGCUUUUGGUGGGUCAGCUUGGGGACUUCAGCGUGUUGGGGGUCAGUGAUUUGUAACCUAGGGGGUUUACAAUGUCCACUACAAAUACUCUCUCUGGAAGAGGCCAGAAGAGCCGUUCUCCUCCAAGGAAUGGUGAAAGGCAGCGUGGUGCUUGGAUUUUAAGAAGGGGUAAUGCUCAUUUCCUUGGAAGAUGAGCUAACGUCCCUUUAUUUGGGAGAAAUUUGACAUAACGUAAGGAAGUUGCAACAUGUUUUAAUUCAUAAGAUUUCUGCAGCUUUGACUAAAACUAUCCCAGCUGGGUCUGUCUGUCACUGCAUUUGUGUGUGUGCGCCCAUAUGGUCCAUACCUGCAUAUACAAACAGCAUUGGCAUAAUGAAGCCUGGCAGUGGUUAGCUGCCUGCAUCUUGCUGUAAUACACAUAAAUGAUUGUAAUUGUUGCACUUUAUAAAAAGCAGAAGUGAUUUUACGAGUGUUGGAUAUGUACUUGGUACUGUAAUGCAGAAAAUUAUUUCUCACAUUUUGAAGAGAAAAUAGGCAUCUUCUACAUUUGGUAUCUGUAUUUUUCCCUGUACACAAUAGAUGGCACUAGUAGACCACAUGAUCAGGGUUUAUUUUCAACGUUCAGGCUAGUAAGUACAAUAGUUUUGUAGGUAGCUUUAACUGGUUUUAAUAGUCAUCUGGAGACCUAGUUAAAUGUUUGGGGUUUGUUUUGUUUUGUUUUUUUAUUAUGCCUUUGUGGAAAACAAGUCAGAUCUAAGUCUCCUUCCCAUCCCCUCCUGCCUUAAUCUAAGUAAAUAUGUUUUGCUACUGCAACAUGUAGUUUCAUAGCAAUUUCAAUAUUCACAUUAAUUUGUCUAAAUCAAAGGAGCCACUUGCUGUAGUUAGCACUGGCACAACUGCAAUCCAGCUGUCAUUAUGAAGCCACUUCCCUUGGGAAGUUUUUCCUACCCUAUUCCAAGGAAGAUACAUUUUACUCAGUAGCUUCAAUAGACUUGUCAGUUUGCAAUGGAGCAUCAGAAGACAAUACAAACCUUAUUUUCAGGAGACAACAAUAUAAAAAUAACAAGAUUUUAACAUUUCAAAAUUGUGGGCAUUCUGCACCCAGAAACAGUGACAUGUCAGGUUGUAAAAAAAAUUCAAAGGCAGCUGCUGUAUCAAUUUAAAAUCCACUUUUGUUUACAUAUAAUAAGUCUGUUUUCAGUUAUUUCCUUACAUAACUGAACACUUGGAUAGCAUCUUUUGCAUAUCUUCUAUGAAGUGCAGCAAUAAUCCAGGCCCCUGAACAUCUGUCAUUUUACCUGGAAUUAUACAAGUUCAGCAUUCUCAGUCUAAAAUAAGCCACACUGAGCAUAGAUAGUCCUCUAAAAACUCUCACCAAAUGUUGCAUGGAUUUUUUUUUUUUAAAUAAAUAUGGAAGGCGCUUUAACAAAGUAUGAAAUCUUUGUUAUUGAUAGACAUCUUCAACAUGGUAGAACCUUCUUACUCCACAACAUGAAUCCUCUCCCAACACACACUCAUAAAAUUCAUUGUAAGUGGAAGGUACAUUGACAGAGGUGGAAACCACAUAAAAAGUAAAUAGCUUGAAGUUAAUUGUAAGGGUCUUGGGGAAGACUAGGGAAAUUCGAUCCAGGUAAAAAAGGAAAUAACACUGGUAAUGAGAUAUAAUAUGUGUUAUAGCUUUUAUCUUUGUGCAUAAAGGCUCUUUUUUAUCUUUGUUCAUUUUAGCUAGAAUCUGGAACUAUUUAUUUUCUGUCUGUCUAUGGGUGACUGGAUGGUGCAACUCUUGAGCAAUAUUACAAUUCAAAGGAUUUUUUUGUUCAAACCAACCAGCUUCCCCCUUAAACAUCCACUGUGUAGAUAGUUCAAAAACUUUGACUGUGCUCCAACUAAAUUCUCUGAAUUAUCUAGCUUAUGCAGCUAGGCAUUGUCAUAUCCCAGCAUUUCUACCCUGUCUCUCUUUUCUAAUAAUCUGUGCUAGACUUAAUUCUUAUAGGCGACCUGGGAAAGUGAAAAACUAUUAUUUUGGGGUUACCAUAAAUACUGUUUUAUACAAUUUCUAGGCUCUUCCACUGGAUAAUUUUUCAUAGUAAAAUAAUUUGUGGGGUUUUUUCUUUUAAAAAGUUAUAAAUAGAAUUUUGUACAGAUUUGAACUUUCACUAGGACUACAUGUAAAAUCCAGUCUUUACUGCUUGGAACUGAUUUUGACCAUAGCUCUUGAUCUUAUGGCAAAAAAUAUAAUGUCCAAAAACUGCUGACAAAAUAUGACUUUGUUAUAGAUAGCUAUUUAAUCUUUGAAGAUCCAAAUUCAAUAAGAGAUAAGAACCUUCACUUGAAGGGAAAGUGAUCUUCUUGGCUUUAGCCAACAAAAAUCAGAUUACAAGCCUUUUACCAACUUUAAUGAUUAGUAUUUCUUGCUCUGCUCAGCAAAUGCAUAUGUUGUCCAUAGAGACUGGGGAUGUUUCCUGGGUAGCUUCUGGAGUCUGAAAAAUAACCUCAGGGAUGAAUCUGGAAAAUCUGUAAGCAAUCUGAAGGAGAUGUCAAGCUCUAAGACUCUCUGGCUGUUCUGCUCUUGUUCCUUAUGCCAAACUUGUUCUCUUAUUGAAGAAGUGGAAAAGGAGUGUUCAAAGCUACGCGUUCAGACCUGAUGUAUCAGAACCGAUACCACGGAUUGCAAAAGGGUAUAGUUUUGAUUAACCCUCUAAUAACAUUUAAUUCAAAAUUCAGUGCAAAAGUUACUGCAUAUAAAGGUCAUGGCGCUGCAGCAAGAUCUGAGAAGUCCCCAAGUAGCUGUAACAGUCUUAGAAGCAACCAAGGAACCAGAAGCCAGGCUUCAGCAAGCACUCCUUUUCUCAGGAGUGUGGAAGCUUUCCAUUGGCUGCCUCUCAGUUUUGGGGGCACAGAGAUGGUGCCAUUUCUUAUUUUUCCCUUUGUCCUCUGUCCUUCUGCGUUACCUAAUACUCAAUUCACACAAAUUCUGUUGGCAAACAGCUCUCCUAGUAUGUUAGUAUUAGGAUGUGGUUUCUAUGAUUCUGUUCCAGAAUUCAUCUUUCUUCAUGACAGUCAACAAAUUAGCCUUACUUUCCUCCAUUUCGUGGUCUCAAUCUGAUGUCUGGGGAAUUUAAACACAUGCAGGUAGUAAGUCAUGGGUGCUCUCUGACCUGACUGCUGACCAAAAUCAACUGUCAGCUGAGAUCCUGCCUACAGCUGGCAUGGCUGGUUAGCUUAAAAGUGUUUAAACCAAAUAUUUGGGGUAAUUAUAGUAUUAUAACAGAUUUUAAAGGGUGAUUGCCAGUGCUGUCAAAGGGUAAAGCUGACAUUUUUUCAGUACCCUUCCUUGCCAAACAGCUUUAAAAUUUGAACAUUAUUAUUGUAUUAGCGUAGCUUUUCAGUCUUGAACUGAAUUUAAAACAUGCUUACUGCUUAGGGUAGGCAAUACAAAAUCCUGAUUGCUACUUUCCUGGAAUUUCAACCAAAAGGAAUGGUACAACAUUAUAUAAUCAGAUUUUUAAAAAAUCAACUUGCAGUUUUACAUGGCAUCUUGUGUCUGCUCAUGGCAGCCAGAACUGAGCGUUGCCAUUGAAAACAGAGAGUCAUGGCAGUAUACUCACUCCAAAAAUACCUUCUGGUUGCAAAAAUAUUUAACAAUGUUAGGACUAAAGAGGAGUGAGAGGAAACUAAAGAAAGCCAGGGUUGGAAACUGUUCGCUGCACUGUCAGAUAAAAAUUCAAUAUGGAAAAAUGCACAAACAGACAAAUAAAAAACAAUUUCUGGAGUAAAAAUGCAGUCCUGCAGACCACUGAGUCUUCCUGAGUAGGGGUUGAACGAUGAAAGGGGGAUGACUCUCAAACCAAUCAGGUAAAUUCACUGAGUAGAAAGUGCUGUGCAUCAAGUAUUCAGCUCAGGACGGGGGAUAGAUAAGUCUCUCCCAGAUUUCUAGAAAGAAUAGAAACACUGCCUUUGCGCGGGUUUUGGAAAAAGAAACCUCGGAAACCAAACCCCUAGCAAUAUCAUGCAUGGGUCACUGAGAGCAUCCCAUAAAUCAUGGUAGCAGUUAAAUGGCAUGGCAAAACAGGAAUUAGUGGUCUCUCCAUUUUCUUCAAGGGGAGCUGGCAAUGGGUCAUCAUCUGGAACACUAAAUUAUGUAACAUUACAACAGAAUCAGCAGUUCCUCUGAAGUUUUGUCAGUUGCUCUCAAGACAUGCAUACUCAGAAAGAGGUCUAAAGUUUAGAAGCUGAGAGAACAGGUAAGAAAGAGGAGAGUCCUGUAUGAGAAAAGAGGAGAAGCAAAAGGCGGGACUGCAGGGAUGUGCCUCAAAGCCUGUGGAAAUGAACACAUCACCUAUUGCUGGCCUCAGUGGAAGUAAAGAGCACCACAGAGAACUCUCUGUUAGCCUGUGAUGAAUAUACAGUCAGUUACGUUAAGUGACAGCACAUUAUAUAGAGGGAAGAGGAAGCAAGUUUUCUCCAGUUUUCAGGUACUAAGGAUCAAUACUGUGGCAGAUUUCUUAGGAGCAAAGUUAUAUUGUAAUUGCAGUCACCAGACCCCGGAGAAGAGGUACCUGCUGACAGGUUGCAGUGGAUCAUUCAGAGCCAGGAGGAUUUGUCCCGUCCGCGGAUUUUCAGUAUGGAAUUUGGGAUAACAGAUCGUGCCUGACUGCAAAGGUCCCCCUGUAGCUUCUGGUGGGAAGACACCGUCUUGUUUGGCAGUCCCACGGGGAACACAGAAGAGUUCUUUGCCAGCAAAAUGACAGAACUAGGAAAGGAAUAGAGCCUCUGAAAGGAAACACUGAGGAAAGAGCUACACAGGAAAGAUGUUUGUGGUGAUCUGCUCCUGUCUCCGGUGCCAUGUGGGAGACUGAAAUGGGCAUCACUGCAGGUGCAGGGAGGGUUUGCUUGAUUGUGAUGCAUUAUCCACUCCUGGCAGCUAAGUGACAGCUGAAAUACAUUCAAGGAGUCAAUGCAAAAGAACCCUUCACUCACAGGAUGGUAAAACAAGAGCCUAAGUCAGGAGCCCUACCCUCAUCACUGAAAAUUAAAAACAAAACCAGAAACAAAACAAAACAAGAAAGAAAAACAGUGAAAUCGGAAAUAAAGCAGAUAGAGACCUGCAAAACUCUGGUGAGUCUAAUAGACCAGAACUGAUCUGGGGAGGAGGGAAGGGAAGAUAACUAUGAAGAGCCACAAGGUAAAUGACCACCCAUCAAAUAAUAUGUAGCAAAGUCUUAAAACAUCUGUUGACAAUCAGGAGGAUGGAGACCCCAGCAGAAAAGGGCAGAGAUCACUUUUCUUACUGUGUUUAUAUGGGGCUGCAUUAGGAGCAAUCAAAUGUGUUGUCAUGCUCCAACCAACUGAACCUAUGUAAUUAAUUCUCCUAAGUACUUUGCACAGCAGGUAGUUCUAUUAGUCUACUGCUAAACCACUGUUUAACAUAAAAUAUUGCUAAUCUGAGCUCACUCCUUAGUAUAUGUUUGUUGCUGCACAGAUCAUUUUAGGCUAUUGUGAAUUGUCAGUAUCAUUUUCUUUAAACAAGGGAACACAUUAUUCAGAAAGUGCCAAACAACAUCUUUAUAAUUAUAAUGAAGUCUCCUAUAGAGCAUUUCCUGUUAACUUUCAUAGUGUUUUGAAGAAAAUUCUUUUGAAGGCUUUUGU